GAUAGUACUAGGAUUACUAUUCAGUGUAGGAAUAGGUGUGGGUGCAAGUUUGACACAAAGACAAGUAGGAUGCCUUUGUGUAUAUGCAGGGGUGGAGUGAAGUGUAGUUUCAAGAUCCAUGCUACUAAGUUAAAAAGACAACAGACUUGGCAAAUAAAAACCAUGAAGUUGGAGCAUAAAUGUGUGAGAAGCAGGGAGAACAAGAAGGUCACAGCAGAGUUCAUUGCUGAGAGGUAUCUUGAGGAUUUCAGAACUAACCCAUCAUGGAAGGUUAAGCAAAUCAAGGAUAGGGUGCUUCAUGACUUGGGGGUAGAAGUGACCUACUACAGGGCUUGGAUGGCAAGAUGUAGAGCUAAGUUGAUCAUUUUUGGUUCAGCAAGAGAGCAAUAUGCUAGGGUAUGGGAUUAUGGGAAGGCUGUACUGAAAUACAACCCUGGGUCUGGUUGUAAUGUUGUGAUUGAUGGCAUUGAAAAGCCUGAGCCUCCCUUGUUUAUGAGGAUGUUUAUUUGUUUAAGGCCUUUGAAGGAUGGGUUCUUGAAGGGUUGUAGGCCAAUUAUAGGGGUGGAUGGAUGCCACUUGAAAGGAGGUUAUCCAGGCCAGAUUUUAGUUGCAGUCUCCAAGGAUGGGAACAACAGCAUUUACCCCAUUGCUUGGGCAACUUGUGAGGUUGAAAACAGGGAGACUUGGGUCUGGUUUCUGGAAUCCUUGAUGCAAUGCAUUGGAAGUGCAGAUGGGGCAGGCUUCACCUUCAUGUCAGACAGGCAGAAGGGACUGGUUGAAGCUCUGUCUGAAGUUGUGCCAAUGCAGAGACUAGGUUCUGUGUUAGGCACAUUUGGGCAAAUUUCAAGUUGAAGUUCACUGGAUCAGAUUUCAAA